GAAUAAAGAAGUGUUUGGUUUUUGGCGUACAAUAGCGUUGAGCCAAUUGUGUGGUUGUCUGUAGUGUUGUAUGUCUUGAGCCGUAAGUGACAGCAAACUCAUCAGAAAUGGCGGACAAAGAUAGCGGAGAGGAGAAGACAAUCGCUCAGGACUUAGUGGUGACCAAAUACAAGAUGGCCGGAGAAAUGGUUAACCGCGUUUUGAAGCAAUUGAUAGAUAAAUGCAAAGCCGACGAAAGUGUCCGCAAUUUAUGUCAAUUUGGCGACAAUUGUAUGAAUGAAGAGACGAAUAAAGUGUUCAAAAAGGAGAAGGAGUUGAAGAAAGGGAUCGCUUUCCCGACAUGUGUUUCCGUCAACAACACUAUCUGUCACUUCUCUCCACUCAAUAGUGAAGUCGAUUACGUCCUCAAAGACGGAGAUGUCGUCAAACUUGAUUUGGGCGCACAUAUCGAUGGCUUCAUAGCAGUGGUGGCGCACACAGUGGUCGUCGGCGCGACCGCUGACAACAAAGUGGACGGACGU